AAAAGCAAAAAGUGCAAAAAUUUAAAGAAGCAAUGGCUGCAAAAGAAAAGGUACACAAACUAGAGUGCUCUGUUUCAAAAAUGACUAUUCCUUGCCAAGAAAAAGAGGGCAUCUCCAGUGAUUCCAUACCCAUCAGCAGUUCCACUUUCCCAAUCACAUGGAAGCUGUAUGAAAACCCAUGCUACCAUAUCAGGCAGAGAAAAAAGCUUCAGGAUGACAACAUCUAUAAUCAAAGUCAGGUUAGCCAGCAGAUCUACCUGCCGCCCAUUUCCACUCGUAAGAUCGCUGCUUCUUUCUGGAAAUCAACCUUCUUCAGACCUUCCAUGGAGUCAAUGCUAGAAACAGCUCAAACCCAGAUCAUGGAACUGAAGGCUGAGUUGGAAAAUGAGCAAAAGAGACGAAAGAAGCUUGAAUCUUUGAACAAGAAGUUGGUAAAACAUGUGUUUGAAGAAAGGAAAGGAAGGGAAGCAAUGCUGAAACUAUCCAAACCAUUUUCCAAAUAAGUGUUCUCCCACAAAACGCAGAUAAACAGGUUUUGAGGGAGGAUGGUGUUUAGAAAAUAUAUGAGAUACACACAGGAACUUUCAUACUCAAUCAGAAAUUUCCAUUCCAGAAUCAAAGAUUCUAGAACUUAUUAUAGAUACUUUUAAUUUCUUGAUUGCAAAUGAAUGAUCCAUCUUGGUUAGUGUUUACAUCUAGAAGAUGCAUGUUCGGUAUAUAUUUGUGAUUGAUUUUAACAUAGUGAUAAAUGUGGUUUGAUUUAUGGAAACUUUUUAUUUCUCAAGGA